CGGUGAGUGAAUCGCUAAGGCAGUUUCGUUCUGAAUGGCUCUGUCAAUUUCCCCGAAGCCGGAGCAAAGCGCAGGCGCCAGGACCUAGCCAAAUCUCAAGGUGCACACAUCGCGUUGAAGAUGGCGACAAUUUGAGAUGGAGGGAGGAUGCAUUCUCCAACAAAAUGCAAUGGAUUAUUUUUGACCAGGAAAUGAGGGGCAAUUUGCGCCCCUCUUUUGCAACUCACCAUACAGCAACACUGCAAAAGUGACAUUGGGAACUGGGAGCAGUUGGAAAGCCCCCUCCCCCCCUAUUUCCCCCACCUUUCUCCCCCCCUCCCCCUCCAAAAUAUGAUCAGAGGACCUUGGAUGUGUAAUGCCGUCUUGAAAAUCUGUUUUGCACCCACAGCGAACGAGAAAGCCUGCGUGGAUACACAGAGGGCAGAGAGAUGGCCAAUGUCUUUAGCGUCUCUGCUCAUUUUCGCCCUGCUCUUGUCUGAUUAUUUUUGCUCUUGCGCCGGUACGAGGCUGAGGAGCGGGGAACCCUCGGGCAGGAACUGGAGCCAGCCGUCGGGGAGCAGUAACCCGGCCGCAUCACAGACUGGGGAGCACAGGCAGAGGCGAGGGGACUGCGGCCGCACUCUGACCAAUUUGACCGGGCACCUGGAAGACUUGGAGUCCGCCUGUCGAUAUCCCAAGGGCUUGGAUACCGCCUGCCUCUGGACUUAUUUCAGUCAUUUCAGGCUCUCCUUCUGUCACUUUUACACCAUUGCUGAUCUUUUGCGAGAGUAUGUUAACCCGAACGGGUUAAACUGCAGUUUGGAUAUGCGGAUCAGAGAUGAUGGAGGGGCCCGGUCUGUCUGCAGCGACUGCAUCAAGGCUUAUCAGAUGGAGGACCAACACGCUCAGGAAAAAUACGAGGAAUUCGAGACACUGCUGGACAAGUACAUGGAGUCGGGCUACUCGGUCACAUCAUGUCCGAGCGACUGCAUGGUAGUCUACAAAGCAUGGCUGUGUUCGGAGUAUUUCAAAGCCUCACAGCUCCUGUGUCCCCACAGGAUUCCUUGUAAGCAAUACUGCCUGGAUGUCCAGGCCCGAUGUCCAUUUAUUCUACCAGACAACGAAGAUCUAAUCUAUGGCGGGUUGCCAAGCUUCAUCUGCACAGGGCUACUAGAAAACCCUUUACCCGAUGCCGAGCCAGAGUGCUGUGAUGUCAGAUGGAACACCUGUGAUCUAUCCUCGGAUAAAGGUUACAACAUAUCUACCAAAUCCAUGGACUCCGUGUUGCAUCAUAAGUCUUCACUGCCUGUCUCAGCAGCACCUCGACAGUGUAACAGCAGACUCAAGCUGUGUGUUUUGGUAUUAAUUCUCCUACACACUGUGGUGACAUUUUCUGGGUUUCAGAACAAUGACAGAGUUAGCAUGGAGGCAGUAAGUGCACUGGAUGACAGUUCUGCAAGUGAAGAGUAAAAAAAGAUGUCUUCUUCCUUUCUUUUUUGUUUCAAGAGUUCGUACAGGGCCAUGGUACUGAACAGCGAAGAAGCUGAAGGAGUUUUCAGAGAACCAUCCAAGCAAAGAGCCGGGCUGCAGGCAGCCAUGAGUUUGAGAAGAAAAUUAAUCUGGCCAUGGCAGAUCCAGAAAUGCUUAUCUGCUCUGAUGAGGAUAGAUGGUUUAAAAUGUUAACUGAUACAACAAGGGUAGAAUUAAUUUGGGAAAAGCAUAGCUGUCUCUGGGACAGAAACUAGAAAUAGACAGUGACUGUAACUCCAUCUAUUCCACAUGCAACUAAGAAGGUUUAAGAUGUAUAGACACACUGAACUAUUUCAUUACAGGAUGUUUUUCUUUUGCCUUCUCAAUUUGUAAACAAGCUCAACUCCAAUACGGUAGCCUUCAACAAGUUCUUGGUGGUGCCUAUUCCUACAAACAUGACUUAGUUGUCCCAGGGACAGAUAGCAAUAAUCCUGUGCUUGAACCAAGUAUGUUUUGCCUGUGUAAGAAAGUUGGAUAAGUGUCUGAAUCCCUGAAUAGUGUACUUGCCCAAAUAACUCUGGUCAUACAUCACCUCAUGACCAAAUCGGUACUGCCCUGCCACUUUAUUGAUACCAACUAGUUAAAAACUGUUACUAACUGUCAUGAGGAACACCAGCAAAGGAACAGUGAACUACCCAGUUGCAGGAAAGGUAGGCAGGCACUCUAAAACUGUAGAUUGGUGGUCCGAGCAAUUAAUGCACCCUCCCGCUUACCAAUGUAUGUACAAUGUGCUUCCUCGAUUCUGAGCGAGCUGCUGGGCAUGGAUAUCAUGGCUACCCAACUCAAGACAAUGAACCAUCUGCCUGAUAGUCUCAAAAGUAAACAGGUGACGGAUACCUUAGGGACAGCUCAUCACCUUAAUACGAACGAUAGGAGCAUUAAUGAAAGUGGGGAUGGCAUUGGAAGGUGGGGUUUCCAUUUU